AAUACUAUUCUGAACCCGGCUAUCGCGGUAGUCGUUAUCCAGGCGGAACGUUUUGCUUCGAGAUUUGUGAUCCGUUGUCUCAUAUGAUUGUAUUCCGUUGUAUUUGUAAUUUUUUCUCUAAUGUAUCUCGCAACACGUUGCCUGGUGGUGCCAGGUGAUGGAACAUAAAGGCCUGCAGAAGGACAGGCUCGUUACGACGUCGUGCAGAUUUUUAAUGCCCAUCUUCCUUGAACAUGUGGAGCUAGUUAUUUGUGUGUUUGUUUAAUGUGAAGUGUGCUUGUUGGAUGUGUGGUCGUUGUUUUUUGGACUUUUUUUAUGUAAACACUGUGGACUGUGGGAAUGUCGACCGACACACGGUACAUGCUGGUACGCUUGACGGGUUGGCCGGUACAAGGAGCGGUGGACGAUGGUGGUGGAGCGAGAUGAAAAUUGGGUUCCUCAGUUUCCCUCUAAUCCCUCCCGCCGUUUUGGUCCAUCGUCGUCUGCUCCAACUGGGAGGAAUGGCGGAGGCGGGUCCGUCACUCCAUCUUCCCCCAAUUCAAGCGAUGAUGAAGCAGUUUCAGCUUUGUGCAUCACCAACCGGUGCUCGCCGAAGUCAGUUUUCUCUCUUGUUUCCAAUUUAAGCGAGUUCAAGAAGCAGAUUGUUAGGGAUAUGGAUUUUGGGGGGAUUCUUGAAAUUCCUUGUAUUAGCAAGCUGAAUCUGAAACUUUCUGCUUGGUUGUUGAGCAAGCUGGACAGUGAGGAGAGUUGUCUGGUAUUUGGCCCUGGUAGACGAAUUUAUGUCCACGAGGAUGAUGUUGGUAUAGUUCUUGGUAUUCCUAAUGGCGACAUUGAUGUGUCAACCACUGCAGUGACUGAGGAACAAUUAGAAUUGCUGAGGUCCAGCAUAGGGUUAGCUAGUACAGAUCCUAGGAGUAUUAAGGGGAUUGAGUACGUUCUUCAGAAGCAUCUCGAUGAUCAAUCAUCAAGCCAGCAAAUCGAUGGUUUCAAAGUUGCCUUUGUUGUUUUCAUAAUGGGGCAUCUGCUUGCCCCUUGUGUGAAACAUGAUCAAGUGCAUCUGGAUUUCUGGGGUGCUUUGAAGAAUCCUGCUGCGCUCGAAAGGUACAACUGGUGUCGUUAUGUUUAUGGACAUGUCCUCGAUGCUGCUCAGAAAGUUCGAUCAGAAAUAAUCAGCAAGGGUCGGGCAACUUCUUUGUCCGGGUGUCAUUACUUCUUACAGAUUCUAUUUCUGGAUAAUGUUGAUCUCAGUAGGCUAAACAAGCCACACAAAGUUGUCCCUCGGCUGAAAGUUUUUGAUCAAGAAUCAUUGAAGUUGAUGGCAGUGAUGUGUGCCAGCAGAGGGGAACAUGAUUUCGCUAGUUUCAUUGGUAUUCGUUCUGCUGAAUCUUCUGCCUACAUGAGGCAUACUUUCCAGUCCCCGAAUACCACACCUUCUUCAUCAACUAUUCCUAGCCGUGUCACUGUACCAUUUGUAAGAAAGACGGACCAGGGCAACAUUGAUUCAUCUUUACUCUUAAGCCCGCAGAAUGCUCCGUUCAAAAGUCCAAGUGAUUUCUAUUCAUACAUUCACCGACAUCAUCCCGGGAUGGAAAGGACAUAUUUUAUUGAUUACAUUAAGAACCACAACGCAAGUAUGAUGAGGGGUAUUUCAGAGAUGCGCUCAUCUAUUAUGAGAUGCAAUGCACAUUUGGUUGAUUGGUUGGUGGAUAAUAUUGGUCCACUUAAGAUGCAAUUGAUACAUAAGAAGCCAGUUGUAUCAGGUUGCAGCACUCCCAUUGCUCCAUCAAGCAUAACGCCGUCAGACAGAGGCCAUGAUGUUUCUAUGCAUACCAAAUCUACUUACAUGCCCACCAAGAGAUCUGUUUGCUCAUCGGAGGUUACACCAGCCAAAAAGUUGAAAAGUUCUAUAGGUGCAGAUUUUGGUGUUGAGCCUCCAUCAUUUGAUCUUGGCAUUGAUGGCUCGAUAGCCGUUGGGGUUGAAGUAACCCCGCAGCACAGAAUUAUUUCUAUCGAACCUUUCAAAUCUCCAAUGCGAAGUGUGUCAAGAGGUGUUGCUCCUGCACGGCCAUCCUGUGGGUUAGCGGAAGUAUCACCUGCAGAUUCAAGUAGACACUUAGCACAAAGUGUUGUGCUUGACAUAAUUCAUGUCACUGAGGAAGGAAUUGAUCCCAAUGGUAAGGUUCUAUACGGCCAAUGGAUAAAUCAGCCGUUUCAGAAAUGUGUUGCCCCAGGCGCCCCUGUACCAUGUGUGCCUUGGGCUCCUGAACUUCUUCAUCUUAAACAUGACCCGACCGCAGUCAACGACCUCAUAAAUUGCUGCAACGAUCUGUCUGAAGCGGCUGUUAGACGAUUCGUAUUAUCUUUUUUUGUCCAUACUACAACUUGUGUUUGUUGCAUGCUUCUGUAGUUACAUAGGUUAUUGAAAUAUGGAUGAGUAAAUUGCCAACUUAAUUUGUUUUAAUUUUAAGCAGUGAAUGGUUGGUUCAUCCGUUGCCACGGUAUUUGGUCCUCAGUGGGUCAGAACUUAUAAAUACUUUUGUCCAAGGUCAGGAUGCUGAUUCGGACAUUAUCGAUGCUGCGCUCCGGCGUUUCUGUCAGCUAGAUGCUUUUGUAAAAUGUCCCGGCCCAACUGGGCGGUGGCGCCACUUCAUCGAAUCUGAUUUCGCGAUGAACUGCCUCGCCGGUUACAAUCCUGAACGUAUCUUGUCUGUGUUAAAUCAAUUUACUAAGGUCGACUACUGCGUUCCAAGCUGUCAGAUGAUCAUAGUACCUGUACUGGUUGAUCAUAUAUGGUGCGCUUAUAUGUUUGACUCACAUGGCUGCACCGUCCAUGUGCUUGAUCCUGCGCAUGCGGAAAGUCGUCACCAGUCACACAUGGAGAUCUUUAAAAUAUUGCAUGAUUCACUGUCAAGAUGUUUGGAACAUUUCUUCAAAGGAUGGUCUCUCAAGCCAUUUGAUUCCUGGUACCUGAACUAUCCUAGUCUCGGACCUGUCGUCUCAAACCCGGAUGAUUCUGGCAUUGUCAUGUUACAUUAUGCUCGGAAUUUCAAUGGCGGUCAAUUGAAUGAACAAGUGACAAAGGAUAACAUCUUAAGUAUUAGGCUUUCUAUGUUUGCUGACAUACUGAUGUUGGAUGGCAAUGAGGCCAAGCUCCCUGCCCCCGUCUUGAGCUUCUUCCCUAAGUGAACCGGUCGCCUCGUAUAUUUUGGUUACGCUUUCAAGUGGAGCUGUCCGUGCCGCAUAUUUUGGGCUAUAGUUGACGUUUGGGUUGUGAUCCGGUCGUGAAGAAAGUUCAUCUCCUAAUUCAUUCUGUAACUGGUGGUGGUGUAAGUAACAUGAUGGUGUUUGUUGAUGAUUAACUGUGUUUGCGCCUUCUACGCAAUGGAAACUGUAUCUGGUAAUAUAUGGGCCAGUUUUAGUUUUA